ACUGCUGUGCCUCCACAGGGAUUGCAGGUGUCCAAGUGCUCCGAGGAGAUCAAGAACUACAUCGAGGAGCGGUCGGGCGAGGACCCGCUGGUGAAGGGGGUUCCCGAAGAGAAGAACCCCUUCAAGGAGAAGGGAGGCUGUGUCAUCGCUUAGGAAAACGAACCCAGCGCCUGCCACCGGAGCAGGCGCUCUUGUUGUACCUGUAGGGAGUCACUAGC